AUGGAGUUGCGUGUUGGAAAUAAAUACCGCCUUGGGCGGAAGAUCGGAAGUGGCUCUUUUGGGGACAUCUAUCUCGGUGCAAACAUUACAUCAGGAGAGGAGGUUGCCAUCAAGCUAGAAAGUGUGAAGACUAAGCAUCCCCAGCUUCAUAUAGAGAGCAAAUUCUACAAGAUGAUGCAGGGAGGAGUGGGAAUUCCGUCAAUCAAGUGGUGCGGUGCUGAGGGGGACUACAACGUGAUGGUGAUGGAGCUCCUGGGUCCAAGUCUGGAAGACCUGUUUAACUUCUGCUCAAGGAAAUUCAGCCUUAAGACUGUGCUGUUACUUGCAGACCAGAUGAUCAGCCGCAUUGAGUACAUCCACUCAAAGAACUUCAUUCACAGAGAUAUCAAACCUGACAACUUCUUGAUGGGGCUUGGCAAGAAGGGCAACCUUGUGUAUAUCAUAGACUUUGGCUUGGCCAAGAAGUACCGUGAUGCUCGUACACAUCAGCACAUUCCCUACCGGGAGAAUAAAAACCUGACUGGCACUGCCCGCUAUGCCUCCAUUAACACACAUCUGGGCAUUGAGCAGUCUCGGCGGGAUGACCUGGAGUCUCUUGGCUAUGUGCUCAUGUACUUUAACUUGGGCUCACUGCCUUGGCAGGGUCUUAAAGCUGCCACGAAACGACAGAAAUAUGAACGGAUUAGUGAGAAGAAGAUGUCAACCCCUAUUGAAGUGCUUUGCAAGGGCUAUCCAUCCGAAUUCUCCACAUACAUGAACUUCUGCCGCUCGCUGCGAUUUGAUGACAAACCUGAUUACUCCUAUCUGAGACAGCUGUUCAGAAAUCUGUUCCACAGACAGGGUUUCUCUUACGACUAUGUGUUUGACUGGAACAUGUUGAAAUUUGGAUCCAGUAGGACAGCAGAAGAGAAAGAGAAGGAGCAAAGAGGAGGAGAGGGAGAGGAGAGAGAUGAGAGGCCUGGUGGAGGACCUCAGGGCUCUGCUGCACGUGCACUGCCCUCUGGCCCGAACCUUCCGGUGCCUAACAGAGUCCGCAACGGUCCAGACCCAGCUGGCUCAGCACCUGUCCCACGGGUUCCACAGACUGGGAAUGCAUCUCCCAGAGCAGGACGAGGAGCUGAACGAGAGAGGAGAGUGUGUCUGCGUCUCCAUCGGGGGGCUCCUGCCAACGCGUCCCCUGACCUCCCACUGCGCCACGAUCAGAUCCGCAUCACCCCGCCACAGGUCAGUGUGCCAUUUGAGCACAUGGGAAAAUGAGCUUGCCAACUUCGGUUAUUUAUUACUUUUCAGGAUGAUUUCAACAAACAACUCCCCUAAGGCAUUUGUAUUCGUCUUUCUAUAUAAGUCAGUUGUGCAGAGAAACAGAAGUUGGGGAGAAUGUCAGUAAACACCCUGCUGCGUAGGACAAAGGGGUCACAACACAACUCCUCUGAAGUGCUGAAGUUUCCUGGGUAUUUAGACGACGAGGCACAAUUGAUGAAGAGGUGUGAUUCAACUAUGGACGUUUGGAUCACAUGUUUCCGACAUAAUUCAUGGAAAUAAGGACUUUUGCCCACAACUUGACAGUUGUUCCUGUUGAUCUGACCUACAGAUAAUGGGAAACAUGGAAUAACUUCUUAGAUUGUAAUGUUAAAAUUGAUUGUUUAUUAAGU